UUACUUAGUUUUCGUUUAGUUUAAAGUUCCAAAAAACAUGUUUUUUGAAUGGUAUAAAUGAGAUUUUUUCAUUUUUUGUUUACUUAUUAAACGUUGUUUUUUCUAUUCUUUCUUUGACCAUGCCUGGUGGUCGAAGAAAUGCUAAAUCAAGCUCAUUUAAACACCAUGCCCACUCAUCCGAUGACCGACAUUCCUGUGAGAUGCCUACGCAACCUCAAGUUAUUCAGCCAAAACAUAUACCAAUUCCGGAUUUGCCUCCUUCAAGUGAUUUGUUCUUUGAAAUUGACGCAUUCGCAUUCUGUCUGCUUGCCAUGGCUUCUCAAUACAUUAAUCUAUACCGCAGUUUUUUUUGGCUGCCUUUCGCUUACAAUGAAAAUGCUUUAAAUUAUUAUCUGAUUGACUACCAUGUUUUGAUAAUUAACAUGGUUAUGGUUGGAAGAAGAUUACCUAUCUGCUUUCUGAAACAGGUACUGUUCUUUUGCUUACCAUCAUCAUCCCACUCAUCAUGUGCUUUUUGCAUCAGAAUAGCUACAGUAGUAAUGUUGACCCCAUUGCUUAUAUACUGUGUUUAUCAUGUUGUUCUCGAGCAUGGGAUCACAAGCAUAGUUGUGUUAAGCUAUCCUGCAGCUGUGUAUCUGGUUGCAUUCGGUCCAACUAUCUACAAGUUUUUAGAAUUGAAGUCACCCACACAUGAACGUAAUACUGGUGCCAGAAGUAAAAACCCAUCAAAUGGCAAAAAUAUUACAACCAUUGCCCAUGUCUGCUCGAUGUCUGCCGAAACCAUCAGGGAUGAGGUUGAGUUUUUUAAAAAUGACUUCAAUGCAAGAUUGAAACAAGUGAUCUUUAAUUCUUUGCUUGUGGUCUAUCAUACAGCUUUUCUACCUUGCUACUUUGUUCAGAAUACUCUGUAUUAUGAAGUCAGGUGGGCUGCUCAACAUGCAAUAUUUGUUGCUGUAAGCUGUUUUACAUUGUAUGCUUCUCAUUGUUUUCCAUCUCGCUACUGUGACGUGUUGCAUAAAGCUGCUUUGCACUUGGGAAGGUGGCAGAAAGUUGAAAUAAAAAAUGUGCACGUCCCUUAUAGCACAUGGUCAGAAUCUUCCAUGUUUAAUCAAGGAGCAUUAGUAAAACAUUCCAAAGAGCUAUUCAAAGCUGAAGGCAUUUCAAAUGCUGCUGAACCAGGACAUGCUGCACAAUCUAGAUUCUAUGCUGUCUUCAAAAAUCCUAGUGUAGUUUUCAGAUGCCUUUGGAUUACACAAAUACUUUUGAUCAUUUCUCAGAUGAUUGUUCUUCUCCAGUCUCGUACUUGGAAUGACCUAAUAUCAAUCCAACUCCUUUUAUUAAUGAGCUGUAAGACCCUUUAUGGAAUGACAAAAGUUUAUUUUGUUAUCAGAAAAAUUUAUUAUGAAGAGAAAAUGUUAAUAUCAAGGGCUAACAGCUAACAGUUUUCUAUUGUAUACAUAUAUGUUGCAAUUAUUUAUGUAUAUACUAUGUAAAUAUUUCAAAGAAAUUUUAAUAAA